AUGAGUGACGAGCAGGAUAAGUAUCGACCUCGUUCACCGGACCUGUCAGGCUUCAACGCCCCACCGCCUAGACUCAGUCGCAUUCCUUCGUACUCUUAUACCGCUUCGCCCUUCUUCUCUCCUCAGAGCGCCGCUCCGUCAACGUCCUAUUUCAGUUCCCGGGACCACUCCGCUGUCCCGCACCAGGCUUAUCCUCCAUCCACCACUCCUAGGACUCCGAGCAUACCCACCCAGCCUCCCCUGCCAAGUCACUCGCCACACCUGCCACCAUCCUUCGACAAUCCUUAUCCCUUGCACUAUUCGCAGCAGCAGCCUCAGUUUCAAGCUCCGCGGCAUUUUAUUGGAACUGAUAUUCACCAGCAUCCACCUCAACAAUUCGCACCACCUUAUCCGAGUGUCGAUUCCUUCCACGACAUGGCGCGCACGCGACAGAGGAAAGCUGCCGAGGAUGCUCAAUUCGCUUUCAACCAGGACCAUCAUGCAAAUGCCGUCAAUCCAAUCAAAACAGAGCAAACACAGGCGCCUCCGCCUCCGCCGGCUAAUGUCGCCAAUGAUCCAUCACAUGGCAUUGAUGUGAGAACAAAAUUCCCCGUGGCACGUAUCAAACGCAUCAUGCAAGCCGACGAGGACGUUGGCAAAGUUGCCCAGGCCACUCCCACAGCUGUUUCUAAGGCACUGGAGCUUUUCAUGAUAACUCUGGUCACCAAGGGGGCAGCAGAGGCAAGGGCUAACAGUUCCAAGCGCGUCACGGCACAGCAUCUGAAGGCUGCCUUGAUGAAGGACAGUCAGUUCGAUUUCUUAACCGAAAUUUGUGAAACUGUGCCCGACGAAGGGUCCAAGAAAGGCAGAGCGAAAUCCGAAGCAAAGAGUGAAGACAGCGACGAGGAGAUCGCACCCAAACGAAAAGGAAAGACGCGUAAGCGAAAAGCUAGUAGCGACGACGAUACCGAUUGA